GAUCCUCUACCACGUCCUGUAUAUACCCACCUAUCCAGGCAAUCUCCCACCUCGAAAAAGGAAAAAGGAAAAAACCAAAAACCAAAAUUAAUAAAAUAAAAAGACCCCCGCGUGGGCAGCAACAACCCUGGCGAACGAGACGAGUAAAGACGAGGAGCUUCCCACCUCUCGCAGUGCAUCGUUGAACGAGAGCACGCGCGACAAGAGCUCCAACCCUCCGACCAUGCCCACCGAUAAUACACGACGAGAAGUUGAGGACAGGAGCGAGGAGGGCUCAGUCGGUCUGCCCGACCUGGGCGACAGCAUUGAUGCCAUGACCUUCGAGCAGAUCCUGGAGAUGGACGACGACGAGGAUGAGCGCGAGUUCAGCCGCUCUAUCGUCUUUGGCUUCUUUGAGCAGGCCGAGCAGACCUUCACCAAGAUGGACGAUGCUCUCAAGGAUGGAGAUCUAUCACAGCUAUCUUCGCUCGGACAUUUCCUGAAGGGCUCAUCAGCCACGCUCGGUCUCACAAAGGUCAAGGACAGCUGCGAGAAGAUCCAGCACUACGGCCAGAAGAAGGACGAUGCGGGCACAACUGAUGAGCCGGACGAGGCAACGUGCCUGUCGCGGAUCAAGGAGACGCUGGUGGCGGUCAAGGAGGAGUACGCCGAGGUCGAGAAGGUGCUGAAGAAGUUCUACGGAAGCUGAAGGACCGUGGCGGUGUGUAUGGCGGGAUAUGUUCUCGUGCUGGCGCAUCUCGGGCCCAAGCAACACUGGCUGCGGGUCGCUGGUCACGACAUUGAAGGUUCACUUAUGAGCAGUGGCUUUCUCUUACAGCAAUACUCCCCAUAGCUCUGGCGC